UGGUGGGUGGCGCGUGCGGAGUCGCCUGUGAGGGGCCGCUGCGGGCACCGAGCGGGGCGGCUCUGAGGCCGGGGCCGGGCAGGAAGAUGCCAGUGGCGGUGAUGGCGGAAACCUCCUUCAGCUUCAAGAAGCUCCUGGAGCAGUGCGAGACCCAGGAGCUGGAGGCCCCUGGAGGAAUUGCAACACCCCCAGUUUAUGGUCAGCUUCUAGCACUAUACCUGCUGCACAAUGACAUGAAUAAUGCACGAUAUCUUUGGAAAAGAAUUCCUCCUGCUAUUAAAUCUGCAAAUUCUGAACUUGGUGGAAUUUGGUCAGUAGGACAAAGAAUUUGGCAGCGAGACUUUCCAGGAAUCUACACAACAAUCAGUGCACAUCAGUGGUCUGAGACUAUUCAACCAAUCAUGGAAGCACUUAGAGAUGCAACUAGGAGGCGAGCUUUUGGACUGGUUUCUCAGGCAUAUACCUCAAUAAUUGCAGAUGAUUUUGCAGCCUUUGUUGGACUUCCUGUAGAAGAAGCUGUGAAAGGGGUGUUAGAACAAGGCUGGCAAGCAGACUCAACAACUCGUAUGGUAAUGCCUAAAAAGCCAGGGGCACUGGAAGCUUCCUUUAACAGAUUUAUUCCUUUACCAGAACCUGCUACAGUUCCACCAAUUCCUAAUGAACAACAGUUGGCCAGAUUGACUGACUAUGUGGCUUUCCUUGAAAAUUAAUUACCCCAUUCCUGUGUUCAAGACAGAACCUGGAAAUUCUGUGUACUGGCAGUUCUACUAUCUAAAACUUACUUUUAUCCUGUUUGUUAAAUG